GACAGAGAUGAAGAUGGUGGAUGAUGGUGUUGAUCUGUGUUCAAAUGGGUACUUGUUCAUCAUCAUGAUCCUCUUUCUCCCCUUCUCAAUCACUCACGUGGCAGCUUCCAUCCAUGACUAUCAAAACGACACCUUUAUCCACCGUUCUAAUUCCUUCUUCUUCCAUGGAGGCAGUGAGGGUCUCUAUGCUUCCAAACUCUCAUAUUUCAACGACUCUCCAUCCUCUGAGCUCAAUGGCAAAUCCUUCAUCAGGUUUGAGUCCAUCACCUUUAGAAGAACAAAAGAAUCUGUUGAGAAGAAGAAUGAAAUGCAACAAAAGACAGGGCUGGUGGAAGCUAUAAUAGUUAAGGUAAAAGAUAGGAAUAACAUUGGGGGUGCUUAUUUGAACUCUGAUGCUAUAUGCUGUACGCCUGAGCUUGCCAAGAAAGGUUCCUGCAAGUUAGGAGAGAUUAUCAUCCGAGAAAACCCCGAUGACCCGAAUGGUCCUAAACGCUUGCAGACGUUUUUCGAAGGGCAAGAUGAAGAGACUAAAAUGGUAAUUCAAACUGUUGACAUACACAGUACUGGAAUGUAUUACUUGUAUUUCAUGUUUUGUGAUCCUCAGCUGAAGGACACUGUGAUCUCAGGAAGAACUGUUUGGAGAAAUCCAGACGGUUAUCUACCUGGGAAGAUGAUGCCUUUAAUGACAUUUUAUGGUUUGAUGUCUUUGGCUUACCUUUUUCUUGGUCUGGUUUGGUUUCUCCGGUUUGUACAGUAUUGGAAAGAUGUAAUACAGUUACAUUACCACAUUACUGCUGUUAUUGGACUUGGAAUGUGUGAAAUGGCCUUGUGGUAUUUUGAGUAUGCGAAUUUCAAUUCCACUGGAAGCAGGCCUAUGGUAAUUACAUUGUGGGCUGUUACAUUCACUGCUGUCAAGAAGACAGUCUCACGGCUUCUUCUUCUGGUGGUUUCUCUGGGUUAUGAUGUUGUUCGCCCAACACUUGGUGGUAUAACCUCAAGAGUCCUUCAUCUUGGUUUGGUGUAUUUUGUGGCUGCAGAAGCACUGGAGCUGGUGGAACAUCUUGGUAAUAUUAAUGAUUUUGCUGGAAAAAUAAGGCUCUUCCUGGUACUACCUGUUGCACUGUUGGAUGCAUGCUUUAUUCUGUGGAUUUUUUCAUCAUUAUCUAAAACCCUGGAAAAGCUUCAGAUCCGCAGAAGUAUGACAAAACUUGAGUUGUACCGGAAAUUUACAAAUUCCCUUGCAGUGACAGUGCUGCUGUCAGUACUAUGGAUUGGCUAUGAGUUGUACUUCAAUGCAUCUGACCCUUUAAGUGAACUGUGGCAAAGAGCUUGGAUCAUCCCAGCUUUCUGGAGUUUGCUUGCAUAUGUUCUCUUGGUAGUGAUCUGCAUUCUCUGGGCCCCAUCUCAAAAUCCAACUAGAUAUGCAUACUCAGAGGAGACGGGUGAUGACUUUGACGACAAGGCUAUCACACUCACUGGAAGUGCAGUUAAGGUGUCAGGGGACAUGGCAAUCAUGCUAGAAAGAAAGGAAAGAAAGGCAUCAGUUGCUGCAGAUCAUCAUGUGUUUGGACUUGGAGAAGAUAGAGAGGAGGACAAAAGGGAGUGAUGGUAUUGGUAACAACUUGUUACAUCAUAAUUCUAAAUAAGUUCUGCCUUCUAUUCUUUGUUGUGCCUCUUUGCAUUAUUAUUUGCAUGGGAAUGGCCUAAAAGAAGGGUAAGUGUCAACAUGGAGAAGCAACAAAAGAUUGGGAAAAAGGGAGGGCAGAAUUUGUUAAGAUCAUUAUUCAAUGGCCAUUCAACCUCUAUAGUCA